ACAGGACCACCUCAUCCCCUCUCCUCUCUUCCCUUCCCUUCCCUUCCCACAGUCACUCAUUUUGGGAACAUUUCUCUCUCUCUCUGUAAAUCUCUCCCAAUCUCUCCCAAUCUCUCUGAAAAAGCCUGCCCACAUCUCCCCUGUUCUUCCAUUGAAUCCAUGGAAUUUCACCAUUGGAGAUCGUAACAAUGGCGGCGCCUUCACUUUCUUUCUCUACUUGUUCAUAAAGAACCCUAUUUUCGACCAAUUUAUCCCUUUCUGAAUUCACCCAUUAAACACAAAAACAACCAAAAACAACAGAUUUUCAGAGCAGAAGAGAGAGAAAAUUGUUGUAAGAGUAUAACUCAUGAUCAUCAUCAUUAUUAUUAUACCUCUUUCUCUCCCAAUUCACAUCACAAAUUAGAAACCACCCCACAAAGAUUCCUCCACCGUCGCAGGCGCCGUCCUCCUUCUUAUAUGGCUUAGAUCCCAAGAAAAAGGGAACGACAAGAAGCUGUCGGAUUUGAAACAAACCCUUUUUCUUUUUAGUUCAUGGCUGGAGAAGACAAAUCAAACGAGAUGGUAGUUGGUGGAUUUUAUUACAAUUCCAUCCAGAUCCAACCCGGAUUUGGAUCCAGCACCGAACCGGCGGAGAUGUUCAAUUUGCAAGUGAACAACGAGUUCGGCGGCGGCGGCGGUGGUGGUGAUGAUGAGUUUCAUCACCACUUGAUGGUGGUUGGGCCUUGGGGGACGACGGCGGGGGCGGCGGAGGCGGCGGAUUCGUCGUUGAGAUGUGUGUUUCCAUGUGAAGCAAACGAAAGACCAAGCCAUGGCCUUUCUUUGUCUCUUAGUUCCACUAAUCCUUCUUCUAUUGGGUUACAAUCCUUUGAACUAAGAACCCAACAAUCAUCUUCGGCCAUUUUUCAGCUUCGAAACUCCAAAUUCUUGGCCCCAACUCAAGAGCUUCUUUAUGAGUUUUGUAGCCUUGAAAUCACCAAUGAUAUGAACAAUAGGCACCAAAACCAAGCCAUUUCUUCUACCAACUCCUCUCUUCAAUCGCUUGAUUUCAUGGAAUUGCAAAAGAGAAAAACCAAGCUUUUUUCCUUGCUUGAAGAGGUUGAAAGAAGGUAUAAGCAUUAUUGCGAGCAAAUGAAGGCGGUGGUGGCGUCGUUUGAAGCGGUGGCCGGGAAUGGGGUGGCGAGGGUGUACUCGGCGUUGGCAUCAAAAGCGAUGUCGAAGCAUUUUAGGAGCCUAAAAGAUGGAAUUGUGGGGCAAAUUCAAGCCACAAAAAAGGCAAUGGGAGAAAAGGAUCCAAUUGCACCUGGUACCACAAGAGGAGAAACGCCAAGGCUUAGAGUGAUUGAUCAGGCCUUAAGGCAACAAAGAGCUUUCCAUCAAAUCAGCAUCAUGGAAAGCCAUCCUUGGCGCCCUCAACGUGGCCUCCCCGAGAGUUCUGUCUCGAUUCUUCGUGCUUGGCUUUUCGAACACUUUCUUCACCCAUAUCCUAGCGAUGUGGAUAAACACAUUUUAGCUCGCCAAACUGGUCUCUCAAGAAGCCAGGUGUCGAAUUGGUUCAUUAAUGCGAGGGUGAGGCUGUGGAAGCCAAUGGUGGAGGAGAUGUAUUUAGAGGAAACAAAGGAACAAGUAGAAGAAAUUGAUAACACCAACUUCAACAACAUGAACAACAAUGGCAACAACUCUUUCCACGGGAUGAUGGAUUUCGACGAUGAGAUCGACGGUCAACGAUCGAUCCCGACGGGGGUGGAGGAUCGGAAGCCGACGUCGGACCAACUUCUAAAAAUAGAUUCGGAAGGUCUCUCUUCAAUCAUCUCUAAUAGCUCGGAGAAGAAUGAUUCAAGAGCCAUGAAAGCCAUGCAAAACUAUCAAGGGCAACAUGUCCAUAACAACCAUAACCAUAACUUUGGGCGGAUCGCUGCUGAUGCAUUCGACAUGGUGGAGCUCAACUUCUCGUCCUACAACCACGAUAGCGGCGGAGUUUCCUCGUACCUCAACAACAACAACAAUCAACAUUUCAACAACGGGAAUAGUAGCAGUGUGUCGUUGACAUUAGGGUUACAACAGCAUGCAGCAGGCGGGAGGAACAUCAGCGAAGGUGUGAGCAUCGCCUUCUCACCAGUAGCGGCGGCUGCAGCAGCGACUCAAAGCUCCAUUUUCUUCACAAGAGAUCAUAUAGAAGAAUGCCAACCAGUUCAAUAUUCUGUUUUAGAUGGAGAAACGACUCAGAAUCUUCCUUAUAGAAAUUUGAUGGGUACUCAAUUGCUUCAUGAUUUGGCCGGGUAAUGACCUCGAAAUCAGCCGAAACAAUCAAAUGGGUUAACCGAAAAAUACGAUUUUUUAGGUAUAGGAAACCCAAUAGCUUCAAAUACUCCAAUACAUAAUAUACAUAAAAGCCUUAUUAUAUACUUGGGAGAGGGCUAGAUUAUUAAUUA